AUGUUCGCCGCUAGAGUCGCCCGCGCUGGCCUGCGCGCCUCUGCCCAGCAAUUCGCCGUGCCUCGCACUGCUGUCGUCAACGGCGUGAGGAGCUACGCUGCCGCUGCUGCCCAGGACGUCAAGCCCCCUGUUGCUCUGUUCGGCAUUGAUGGAACCUAUGCCAGUGCUCUGUACACUGCGUCCGCCAAGACCGCUGCCCUCGAGCAGACCUCCAAGGCCCUGACCACCCUCGGCGAGGUACUGAAGAAGGACCCGAAGUUGAACACCAUCCUCGAAGCCCCGACCCUGUCCGUGUCCGACAAGCAGCAGAUCAUUGCGGAGCUGCAGAAGAUCGCCGGCGCGGACAAGGGCGACAUCAUCAAGAACUUCCUCGCUACUCUGGCCGAGAACAACCGUCUCGGUGCCCUCGGUGGUGUCUGCGACCAGUUCGCUACCCUCAUGAGCGCUCACCGCGGUGAGGUCGAGCUCAACAUCACCAGUGCUCAGGAACUCGACAACAAGACCAUCGCCCGUCUCGAGAAGGCUGUUGCCAAGUCCGAGUUCAGCCAGGGCAAGAAGCUCAAGGUUGUCACCAAGGUCAACCCUGAGCUUGUUGGCGGUCUCGUCGUCGAGAUCGGUGACCGCACCAUUGACCUUAGCGUGUCAUCCAAGAUUGCCAAGCUGAACAAGGCGCUCACUGAUGCUCUGUAA